UCAUUCCAGAUGGAUUCAACCAACUGGACUUCAGCUGAGGAAUUUGUUUUAUUAGGGUUUGGAAUUGGACUGCACAACCGCUUGCUGCUCCUCAUCUUUUUCACUAUUCUCUACGUGCUCACCUUGGCUGAGAACAUCACCAUUAUUAGCCUGGUGCUUCUGGACACCCACCUGGGCCAGCUGCCUAUGUAUAUCCUGCUGAGCAACUUCUCCUGGCUGGAAAUGUGCUAUGUGUCCACCACAGUGCCUCGCAUGCUCUUUGAUUUAGCAGUCCCUGGUGGGAUCAUUUCUUUCAAUGAGUGUUUCAUCCAGUUCUACAUAUUCUUCUCCCUUGGUGGCACUGAAUGUUUUUUCCUCUCAGCCAUGGCCUUAGAUCGGUAUCUGGCCAUCUGCCACCCGCUGCACUACUCACAUAUUAUGUCUCAAAACGUCUGCUACAUUCUGGUGGCUGUUUGCUGGAUUCUUGGUUUUACAUGGUACCUUGUUCCAGCAACGUUGAUCUCUAGGUUGUCCUUUUGUGGCUCCAAUGUCAUUAAUCACUUUUUGUGUGACUGUGGUCCAAUCCUAUCCUUGGCUUGCCCUCCACUUGGAAAAGCUGCCAUUUUGAGUCAGAUUUGUCUCAAUGGUCUGCUCCUAGGUAAUAUGACAUUUGUUGUUCUGUCCUAUGGCACUGUGAUUUUCACUCUAAUGAAGGCCACCAACAAAGGCAGUCGUAGGAAAGCCUUUUCUACUGUUUCCUUCCAUUUAAUUGUGGUCUCACUUUUCUAUGGCUCAGUGGCAGGGAUGUACUUAAUACCAGGUGGGGAAAGUCAGUUAGAUGUCACUAAGGCAGUGACCCUCUUCUACACUGCCAUUACGCCCUUUCUCAACCCCUUGAUCUACUGUCUGAGGAACAAUCAAGUGAAAGAAGCAGUGGGCAGAUUGCUAAGGAGAAAGGGGAGACUGAUAUGGAACAAGGAAUAG